AUCACCAUGAAAAACAGUCAUAAUACUUAAAAAUGUUUUUGUUACUAAUUUGUGCUGAUAUUAUUACCAUUGAAGAACAAGAACCUUAUGAAUGUGUAGUGGCACACCAGUAAUAAUGGAUGAAUGUGACUUCAUAUUCUUGUAAAAUAAUUGCUCAGUUCGACAAUAUGCGUCCUCAAAUAAUCAAUUACUCGCUGACGGAAAUCGUGAUAUGUUUUAUUGUUGUGGGAUAUGCGGCUGUGGAUUUGGUUCCUUGUGAUAAAACCCGAAGGAUAUUUCAAAGUUCUUGGGGAAUAAUAAGUGAUGGUCCGGCAGGCUCAAAUUACACCCAGGACAGUCAUUGUGAAUGGUUGAUCAAGGCCAACGACAGUGACAAAUUCAUUACAUUAAAGUUUCAAAGUAUGGGUACCGAAUGCUCUUAUGAUUAUGUGUUUGUUUACGAUGGUGAUUCUUUCAAUUCCCCCCUCUUGGGCAGCUUUAGUGGAAAGACUGAACCACAGGAAGUAAUAGCAACUUCAGGGUACAUGUUGAUUUUAUUAUAUAGUGAUACUAACUAUGUGCUAGAAGGAUUUAAAGCAGAGUUCUCGAUAACUGAUUGUCCUAACAACUGUUCCAGCCAUGGUGUUUGCUAUGAUCAUAGUUGUGCUUGUGAGACUGAUUGGGGGGGUUAUGACUGUUCAAGAAAACUUUGCCCUGACAAUUGUGGCAGAAACCUCAGUCACGGACAUUGUGACCAAGGGCAGUGUGUAUGUAGGUCUGGAUAUUCAGGAGAAUCUUGUACAUUAUAUGAAUUUGAUUCUAUUGGAAACAAAUGGCAUUGGCUGUCACAUUCUGAAGGAGGUUUGCAACCUCGUGCUGCACAUUCAGCUGUGUACAUAGAAAUUACUGAUGCUUUGUAUGUUUUUGGAGGGUAUAAUCUAAAUAGUGUCCUAGGUAAUUUAGAAAUCUAUAAUUUCCAAUCAAGUAAUUGGAGAGAUGAACAUGGUGCAGUAAUUCCAGAUUCAGGAUUAAUUAGUUCCAUAGAACCUGGCUCAAUAGCUAAAUUAAUAGAACAUGCUGGUCCUGAUUGGGAACAAAAAUGGGGACUUAAUAUUAAAACUUCAUUUUUAAGAAAUCUAUUGUAUGCUGGAACUGAAAACACCACACAUAUCAGAAGGAGGCAAAGGCAUUCCAGAGUUCCAGAAGAACAUAAACCAGCUCCUAGAUAUGGUCAUUCCGCUUGUGCUGUUACUAAAGGAUUUGUUCUUUUUGGAGGAAAAUUACAUAAUGGCAGUUUAUCUAAUGAUUUGUGGUAUUAUAAUGUUCAGACAAGAUUGUGGCAAUUAAGAGCAAGAUUAUCAAGUUUAACGCCACCGCCUUUAACAAGGCACACUUUAACUUGCAUUGGUGAUGUAAUAUAUUUAUUUGGCGGAAGUACGGAAAAUGGAGAAUUUUCUUCUUCAUUGUAUAAAAUAGAGUUGUCCUCAGAUUUGGAUGAGGAUUGGCAAGAAAUAAAACCCAGAGGUGGGAAGCAGCUGGAUGUAAGAGUUGUAGCUCAUACUACUACAUAUCACCCACAUACAAAUUCUCUGAUUGUUUAUGGAGGGAUCGUGCCGGGUGUUGCGAGAUUUUCCAAAUUAUCAGAUAGAGUGUUUGUUUUUCAAUUAGAUAAUUUACAUUGGACUGAAAUUCAUUAUACAAGGGAACAUUUACGAGAAAAAUUUGUUCCUAGGGAGAGAGCGUUUCAUACAGCUAAUAUAUUUGGUAAUUAUUUAGUUGUUUUUGGAGGUUAUUCUCACAGACAUAAUAAGGAAGAAAUCUGCUAUGACAAUCAGAUGUACCUGUACCAUUUAGGAUGCCACACCUGGGUAAAUCCUGACAUAUUGGGAAAGUCCAAUGAUUCCAGGUAUCCAAAACAACAAGGUGUAUUCGCCCAUGCAUCAGCCGUCCGUAAUGAAAAUACUCUACUUUUAGUCGGCGGUUAUCAUGGUAACGUAAAUGGUGAUCUUUUAGCAUAUACAUUUCCUCCAAUGGUAGCAGCACGUAAAGAUGCUAUUUAUUAUCCAGAAGCUGCUUGUACUCGCCACAAAAAUUAUGGAGAAUGUUCUGCAGAUCCAGAAUGCGGGUGGUGCUCCGCUGACGAGCAAUGUUAUGGUAGAACUAUAGGUGCCAAUUGUACUACGAACCUACAAACUACAAAGUGCCCUGGAAUAUGUCCAGCGCUUGGUGAUUGCCAUUCUUGUCUCAUACAUGGACAUCCGUUACCUCAGAAUAUGCCAAUGAUGUCAGCUGCUCACAAAUUAGGUUUGGAGGAAUGCACAUGGUGUGUACAGAAUGCAAGAUGUCAUCAUAAAGAUGAUAAUUAUGGUGUAUGUGGUUUACAAGAAGAUAGUCCUAGUCAAAUACCUGGAUGGUGGGGUUCCAAAGGAACAGAAGUAGUCAAGCCAGAGCAGUGCAGAGAACUAGACAAAAGACCAGGAUUAACGUUUGUCAAAUAUCAUUAUCCUGUCAAUUAUUCUCAACCCGACAGUGUUGCAAUUAUUAAUGCCACAACGGUUGACUUUGUUAGUCCAACAAGCUCAUUACCUCGAGGUGAUUUUUCCAGUGGAGGUGAAAUGGUCGCAAGACUGUUAGGAUUUCUCAGACUUCCACCUUCUUGGCAAGAAAUGCUGAACGUCUGCGUUACUUUUUGUUCGGCUACUUUGACGGUUUCAGAUAAUUUAGUAGCAAACAUUACACCGGAAGUAACAGAAUGCAAAGCUGUUAGGUGGCCUGAUAAUAUAACUCUUGAUAGAAUAUCUGUAGAUUUUAAAUCAAAGAAGACAGUGAAUAUUCAAGCUGCUUAUUCAAUUUAUAUGCAACAGAGUAAGAUGGAACUACUACAUUACAAAGAUUUUGACGAUCCUCAAAAGGUGUUUACAUUCGAAUAUUUAGAACCGUACGCAAACGGUACCUGCGAACAAUACUCUAACUGUCUGCACUGUCUGACGGAUUCACAGUGCGGUUGGUGCGAAUUAACCAAUUCCUGUCAGAUGCGUUCAGUUGAAGAAGAAACUAGUUGUUCUGCAGAUGGUAAUUGGCAAUACCUGACUCUUCUACCGAGCGCUUGUUCAAAUUGUUCAAAUUACAUAUCAUGCGAUUCUUGUAUUAAUUCUAGAUUAUGUGAAUGGUGGAUUGAAGAAGCCCGUUGUCAAAGAAUCGGACAGAGGGUUGACGCAGCUUUGUCUUUAGAGCAGUGCCCUGUACCUUGCCAUAAAAGAACAGAUUGUGGGUCUUGUCUGGAUCAAAAAGGUCGAUGUGUUUGGUGCCAAGCCACUCAACAGUGUUUCAGUUUUUCUGUGUAUACUAGUGAAUAUCAAUUUGGAUUAUGUCGUGAAUGGAUGGAUCAAGCAUUUCCGUUAGUUGCUAGACAAGAAAAUGGAAUACUACCAGUACCAAAAACUCAAGAGCAAUGUAAAACGUGUUCGAUGCAUACUAACUGCUCCACUUGUUUGAGCUCUCUAAGCUGCGGUUGGUGUUACAAUAGCACAAAUCCCAUGACAGGUACGUGUGUUCAGGGAGACUUCAACAAUCCCCAUAUCAAUUGUUCUAUAACCCUCAAUGCCCCAGAAGCUAAAUGGGCAUAUGCUCAGUGUCCAGAUGUUGAUGAAUGUGGAUUAGGAUUACACGACUGUCACGAACAAGCUAUUUGUACAAAUACUGAUGGAUCCUUUAGCUGCCAUUGUCGUAAAGGAUAUAUUGGAGACGGUAGAAAAAAUUGUCAUAGAACAUGCUUCAAUGUUUGCGUUCACGGAGUAUGUCAAGGUGAACCUGACUAUUCGUGUAAAUGUGACAUAGGAUGGUACGGUGAUGACUGUUCUAAAAAUUGUGGGUGUAACAAUCAUUCGGCUUGUCCAAAAGGAGAGGGCAUCUGUGAAGAAUGUAUCGACAAUACCAUGGGUGAAUAUUGUGAACUGUGUAAACCUGGCAGCUAUGGAAAUGCCACAAAUGAACUAGGUUGUCGAAAAUGCGACUGUAAUGGACAUGGGAACAAAGCUUUGGGUGAAUGCAACAUGGAAACCGGAAUAUGUUUCUGUGAGGACAAUACGGUAGGAGACCAUUGUGAACAAUGUAAAUCGAAGUAUUUUGGAGAUCCGAAAAAUGGAAAUCAAUGCUAUUAUCAAUGUGACCGAGGAUUCCUCAGGGAUUCUCACGGUCAAGGAAUCAGCUCUAGACAAGGUCGUACUAAACCAUGGUAUGGUACUCCAACAAGAGAAUGCUUAUGGAUAAUUAAACCAGAUGUGAAGUAUGGCUCGCCAAUUAUCCAACUUCAAAUCAAUUCAUCCCAAUUGAACAUAUCAUGUGGUGAAAAUGCUGUUUACGUUUUUGAUGGUCUUCCAGAACUUGUCGAUAUGGGUAAUCAGAGUCCAUUAUCUGCCGUUUUUUGUACAGAAGAAGCUUUACCAUUAGCUACAGUAGAAUCCAGAACGGGACAACUCACUGUUCACUACAAACAAGGACAACCUGGAGAAGGCUUCAGUGCAUUUUAUAAAGUAAUUAGUUGUGAUAAUUGUCGACCACCUAGGGAAUGUAAAAACGACCAGUGCGUAUGUCAAGAUGGAUUAGUUGGAUUCAAUUGUGAAGAGCGUAUUUGCUUGGAUAAUUGUAAUCAAGAUAAAGGACAAGGAACUUGUGAUAAAUCAUAUGGAAGAUGUCUAUGUAAUGAUGGGUGGACCGGUUCUUCCUGUGAUGUAAGGAAAUCUUCAACUCAAUUGAUUUUUACCGAACUCUUCAACACAGUAAAAUUAUCAGACUCUUUAGAACACUUCCGAAAAACUCUACCCCGCUUCGGGCAUUCUUUAGUUUCUGAUCGUAGAGGAUCUCUGUGGAUGUUUGGAGGUUAUUCGUUAUCACAUGGACCACUUAACGACGUAAGACUUUUUGACACAAAAAAUUUGACGUGGAUGCAAGUCACUAUAGAAUCGACCCCAGAUGCGAAAAUGCCAAUGGGCAGGUAUUUCCACGGAGCAGACAUUGGACACGCGCAAACGAUAUAUGUGUAUGGAGGACUUUCUAAAAAGCAUAAAAACUAUCAUAAUAGGACUUUGGACGAUUUUUGGCAGUUUGAUAUUCAAAAUCAAAGAUGGAGUGAAAUCGAAAAGACUGGUGUUUGGCCGCCCGCACUCUCUGGACAUACUCUAACUUAUCACAAAUCUCAAGAAAGUCUCAUCCUUAUAGGAGGUAUAUCACCUCAAACUGGAUUUCUUAAUGUCGUUUGGGCUUAUAAAUUUGGAAAAGAACAAUGGAUACCUCUAAAUACUAGGGGACCUGGACCUCUGGGAAUUUACGGACACACAACUGUUUACCACUCACAAAGCAGUAACUUGUUUGUGUUUGGUGGUAUGGUUUACGAACGUCAGCUGACUACUGUUUCUAAUAAUUUGUAUAUUUUCAAUUAUGAGAAUAUGACUUGGACACAGCUGAAUAAUCUGGGAUUGUCAGUGCAUUGGCCACGUCCCAGAUUUUUCCAUUCUGCUGUUACAACAGAAGAUUACAUGAUGGUGAUGGGUGGAAAAAUUUAUCCAUGGAAUACCACUGACACCUUAUAUGCCUACUCUUAUAACUGCAAUCGAUGGAUGAACCUAAUGUCAAGUGAUAUUGAAAAAGUCGGUCCGUUUCCAACCCAGACUUUCGCCCAGGGAAUGACGGUAGAACCAGACGGAGAUGCUAUAUACACAAUAGGAGGAUGGGGGAUAGAUACUCAAAGCACUGUGCUUAGAAUUGAAUUACCGACUGAUUUAUGUAAUCUCUUGCCAAGAAGAACAACUUGCCUUUAUAUGUCAGGCUGCGGAUAUUGCGCCUAUAAAAAUGGCGAUGAUAUUAUUUCCGAACAAUGCCAUUCUAAUAUUAAGGAAUGUACUUUGGAGACUGCCGAAAAUGCUAGUCUAAUAACCAAUCAGAGCCAAGUAUGUUCUUUGUACAACAUAUAUCAAACAAUGCCCAGCAACUGUUCUACAAUACAAGAUUGUACAGUAUGUCUACAAUCAAGUUCAUGUUCUUGGUGCCAAGGACAAUGUUCCAGUAAUGCCAAUAAUUGUAAUUCGACUUUAGCAAGUUGCCCUUUCAAUAAAUGCACAGCUACAGAUUGCUUACAAUGUCAUCAAAUGCCGGGAUGUGAAUGGAGUUCUUCCAGGCGACAGUGUAUGCCAGUCGGUCCAGUAGCCGAAGCCAAUGCAGUAGUCGUCUGUCUCCAACCUUGUAUCAAUUACUCAACAUGCUCCUCUUGCCUUGAAAAUUCAGAUUGCCGAUGGUCAACUCAACUGGACGAAUGUGUUUCGGAAUCUUACCAAGACGUUUAUUGCGCUGGCGGUGUUUGUGGAUUAGUACUGCGCCCUGAUGACCGCCAAAAUUGUCCCGAGCCUUGUAAUUCCUUCACGCAAUGCUCUAGCUGUUUAAAACAUGCACCAUGUGGCUGGUGCUCAACUCCAGGUUUGAGUGGAGAAGGAUUCUGUACCGAAGGAUCUAACGAGAGACCAUUGUUGGGUACAUGCGAGGAAGUAUUUUUGGAAAAUCAUAGAAAAGUAGGGGAAGUGGAGGACGUCGAACCAUUGAACAACGUUACAUAUAGUUGGCACUAUGUGAAAUGCCCACCGGAAGAUGAGUGCAAUAAUGGUCAUCAUACCUGUGCCGUAGAAUCGGAAAUUUGUGUCGAUUUGGAUGAAGGUUUUGAGUGUAAAUGUGGAAUAGGAUAUAAGGCUGGCCUUAAUGGUUGUGAACCUGUAUGCCCAUUAGGUUGUGUUCGUGGUCAAUGUAUUCAACCUAAUAAAUGCCUUUGUGACUUUGGGUAUGUUGGUGCUAACUGCAGCAUCCAGUGCCAAUGUAAUGGGCAUGCUAAUUGUGAGGGUCCUGAUAAAUUGGAUAAAUGCUUGGUGUGUCAUAACAACACAAUGGGAGCCCAAUGUGAAAAGUGUAAACCAUUGUUUGUCGGAGACCCAGCUGAUGGUGGUGUUUGUGUCUCUUGCUCUGAUUAUUGUCAUGGCCAUAGUUCUAUUUGUGUUGAUAAUAGUACCGAGAUUGAUACUGGAGAUUAUAUAGAUUACGAAUUUUUGAAUAAAACAUUAAAAGAAGGACCAAAAGCUAAUGCAAAAUGUCUUAGAUGCGGAAAUUUAACAUCUGGUGCAAGAUGUGAUGAUUGCAUUAAAGGUAAUUUCCGUGGGAGCGAAAAUCAUAGAGACGCUUGCCGUCCAUGUGACUGUCACGGUCAUGGUGAUACGUGUGAUCCUAUUCACGGAGACAAGUGUAACUGUCAAAAUAAUACUGAAAGUGAUGUUUGCAGAGGCGUAUCUGACAAAAAUUCAGCACAUCCUUGUUGGAUGGUUCAAUGUUCUAAAUGCAAAGAAGGUUAUUUAGGAACACCAACAUCCGGUCAUCAGUGUUAUAAACAAAUGCAUGUGGAUAAUAAAAUGUGUUUUGAUGCCAAACCGAUGGAUGAAUGUAAAAUUAAACCUAACCCGCUCCAUCCUGGAGAAGUAGUUUUCUUCGUUAUCCAGCCUCGUUUUAUGAAUGUCGACAUUCGUAUUAUUGUUGACGUAACGCAAGGCAAAUUAAAUGUCUUCAUGAGCACACAUGAUGACACUUACGUGGCUAGUCGUAACAAUACCAGUGGUUUUAUUGAUGUUGAUAUAGAUAGUAUGUAUGGACAUUGGGAGAAUGGGACUUUGAAAUCGAAAGAUAUGUAUUUGGAGAAGGAAGCUAUGGGAUUGAGAACUUAUAUUACGAUAUGGCAACCAAAGACACUUUUGUUGGUUAGAAAUUUACAAGAUCGACUGGUUAUUACCUUGCCAGAGGAAUUUCAUAGCUUGGAAACAACUCGCUUCUUCUUGGUUCUCCAGGCUCUUGAACCAAUUGAUUCCGAUAAAAAGGUGGCUUACGGUAUCGUCUAUUCCCGUCAAGACCAACUUCAUAUUGAUCUUUUUGUUUUCUUCUCCGUCUUUUUCUCUUGUUUCUUUUUAUUUUUAGCAGCAUGUGUUGUUGCUUGGAAAGCAAAACAGGCAGCCGACGUUCGAAGAGCUAGAAGGCGUCAUGUCGUAGAAAUGUUGCAUAUGGCAAAGAGGCCUUUCGCCACCAUUUUAUUAAACCUUAACGGCAAAACUAAACCUAAGAAAACUGCACAUUAUGAUCUGAGGCCGAUUGCUGUUGAACCAACAGAUGAUAAUGUAGCAGCAGUGGCGACCGUUUUCGUUAGUUUACCAGGAGACAAAACCUCAGUGAAGCUCGCAUUAGCAUCGUCGUUGAUAUUAUUAGCUAGACAGUUUCCAACAAGUGGAAGAAUAUUUUUAAGGAGGCGAUCUAUACAUGCCGCUCCGCCUCUAUAAGUUUUUAUAUGUUUUUUUUUUUAUUUUACAUAUUUUAAGUUUGUUAUUAUUUAUGAAAAUAUAAAAGAAAAACCAAA